CUCCGGUGGGCGGUGGCGGCCCCCGAUGCUGCGGCGCCCCCUGGCCGGGCUGGCCGUUGCCGCCCUGGGCCGGGCUCCCCCGGACGAGCUGAGGGCCGCCGGGCCUGCUGACGUCUGCCCCUGCCCUGCCCAGGCAUGUCCAGGCCCAGGCCCGUGGUGCUCAGCGGGCCCUCGGGGGCCGGGAAGAGCACGCUGCUGAAGAAGCUCUUCCAGGAGUAUGGCAGCAUCUUCGGGUUCAGCGUGUCCCAUACCACGAGGGACCCGAGGCCUGGCGAGGAGAACGGCAAACAUUACUACUUCGUGACCAGGGAGGUGAUGCAGCGGGACAUCGCGGCGGGCGACUUCAUUGAGCAUGCCGAGUUCUCCGGGAACCUGUACGGCACGAGCAAGGCGGCCGUGCAGGCGGUGCAGGCCAUGAACCGCAUCUGCGUGCUGGACGUGGACCUGCAGGGCGUGCGCAACAUCAAGAAGACCGACCUGCGGCCCCUCUACAUCUCCGUGCAGCCGCCCUCGCUGGGCGUGCUGGAGCAGCGGCUGCGGCAGCGCAACACGGAGACGGAGGAGAGCCUGGCGAAGCGGCUGGCCGCCGCCCGCGCCGACCUGGAGAGCAGCAAGGAGCCCGGCCUGUUUGACCUGAUCAUCAUCAACGACGACCUGGACACGGCCUACGCAGAGCUGAAGGAGGCGCUCUCUGAGGAAAUCAAGAAAGCCCAGGGGACCGGCCGUGCCUGAGGAGGCCUGCUCUCGCUCCUGAAUGCCCUCUACACUGGCCCCCCAGGGCCCAUGUGGGACCAGGACCGGUGUGCAGAGCCGCCCCUUGGCGGGCCCCUGGGUGGCUCUGGGCACUGGGCCAGCACCUGGGCUGGAGGGUGCUACCCACCCAGCCUCCCGUGGUCAGAGGGUCGGGUGCCCCUGCCCCACCCUGCUCCCUUCCCUGGGCUGUUCCCUCCCUGUCUCUCCCGCUGGAGCGGGGCUGACGUCUAAUAAAGUAACUGUUGGGUUAGAGCGUC